AUGCAGCGUGCGCAAGCACUUGAAGCGUCUUACACGCGAGCGAUGCUUACCUUCAUGCUGGGCCUUCUUUGCAAAGAACACGAGAACAUGGACUUAGCAAAGCAAAUGGCAUCCUUUCUACUCUCCCAUGGAAUGCACAGCUCACUAAGAAACUACCUCGUCGCGCUUCCGAAGGACGCAAUAUCUGAGCAGGCCGACUGUGUGUCAUUGAUGCUUCGGCCACUGGCUCUUUUCGAUGAACCGACGACCGAGUUUGUUCAAGCUGGUGCCGCUGACGCAUCUUCAUAUGCACCACGAGCCGUGUUCCUCCGAACAUUUACCAGUGAGAUCCUGACGAUUCCUCACCUCUUGCAUCACAUGCCGAUUCCGUCUGUCAGCGCCCUUUCCUCCGCUUUUCCCAUGUCGGAAUUUAUGCACCACGUACAGUCUCUGGGUGCUUACUACGAUGUGACGUCUGGUGACAGCGCACUAGCCAACAAUCCCAUUCACUGCCCGUAUCUGCUGGCGAAUGUCAUCAUACUCACAGCUGUGCGUGUCAAGGCAAUGCAGAAUGGUUCCGAGAUAAGCCAAUAUCUGAUGAUGCUGGCAACUUUGCAAAACGCUUUACCCAAGUCUGUGUUUGCCGAUGAGGAUGCUUCUGUUGAUCAGAAAACGAAAAAUGAGCUACUCACUCUUGUAUCCUUUGCCCACAUCCGGUCAGUACUUGCGGCCAGUAUGCGAUCCCCACACAAUACGCGCCCAGCUCUGUGUGCAUUUCUUGUGGCGACGCUGUACACAUGGCCUGCGUCCGCACGCGAUUCAGUUCUUACGGCCAUGCUGUACGGAUAUGAUAAAGACGGUGUCACUCGCUCAGUGUACAUGGGUAUUUUAGCGCGUGAGUUGUGGCGUGGCUGGGUCCGUUCCUGCUCACUUGUUCGUUGUGUUGCAACGAAACAUCGCGGACUAGCAGCAAACGCAUCAAACGUGCGUGCAGUUGUUACAGACCCAACAUAUGCAAGUGAUUGGCCGCUCUUCCUGGUCUUGUGCAUUGAAUAUUCACGGUGUCUGAUGAUUUUGGGCGAUGACGAAUUUUAUCCUUCGAGUGCCAUCGAUACCCACGUGCCUAGUAGAAAUCCACUCACUCUUGACGAGCUUGAUACACUCAGUGGCCUGCUCCGGAAUAUUACCUUCGCUAUGUACUGGAACAGUGUGGACAUGCCCCCAGAACAUGCUCAUGUGCCAGGAACCCGUGUGCAGCUUGCACAAGUCCGUGAGUUAUGUACACGGCUCCUUCAGCAGCUCCAUACACGUGAUUCUCGCCGCUCCUUUGUGCGUGAGGGCCAUUGGCACAUGCUUGGACAGAAUGACCUAGGCUCAUUUAUCCACGCAGUUGUCCUUGAAGAAAGGGAACUCGCCUCUGCAAUCUCGCAUGAUGAAGAUGCAACAAAUGCACGCGCAACAAUUUCGGCACUGUCACAACGCACGCGUGCAUUCAUGACGCCGCGGCUAGAGGUGCUCAGUUACAUUCCAUUUGUCAUUCCCUUUGAUGUCCGGGUGGAGAUCUUUCGGCAGUUCGUGCGGAACGAUGCUGAGCGUUUAGGGAUUUCGCGCGACAUAUUUUCGCCCACACGCCGGCAUCGCGCGACGAUCCGCCGUGGACACAUUGCUGAAGAUGGUAUGGCGAAGCUCAACGGACUUGGACCGAGCUUGAAAGAACCACUGGAAAUUGUAUUUAUUGACCAGUGGGGUAUGCCGGAGGCAGGUAUCGAUGGCAGUGGCCUGUUUAAGGAGUUCCUUGUCUCGAUUAUCCGCGAGGUAUUCGACACAGAUCGCGGCCUGUGGUGUGCAAAUGAGCGACAAGAGUUGUAUCCGAAUCCGCACUCUUAUGCUCACGGCGAAGAGCAGUUGACGUGGUACACAUUUUUAGGUCGGAUUUUGGGGAAGGCAUUGUAUGAAGGGAUUCUAGUGGAUGUCAAGUUUGCUGACUUUUUCUUAACUAAAUGGUUGGGGCCAAAGGGAUACAUCGACGACCUUGCCAGUCUCGAGAGCCUGGACAGUGAUUUGUAUCGGGGUCUCAUUGCGCUCAAGAACUAUACAGGCAAUGUGGAAAAUGAUUUUGCAUUGAAUUUCACAGUGACCGACGAAGAGUUUGGUGUGCGAAUGAAUCGGGAGCUCAUUCCUGGUGGGAAUGAUGUCCCCGUGACGCGCGAAAACCGGCUCUCCUACAUCUAUUGUAUGACCAGGUAUCGGCUCAGCACACAAAUUGAGGACCAAUGCAAUGCGUUCUUCCAGGGCCUAAGUGAAAUGAUUGACCCGCGAUGGCUUCGUCUUUUCAACCGGGAAGAACUGCGAGUGCUCGUUUCAGGCGCAGAGAGUCCCAUCGACGUUGAUGAUCUCAGGCGCAACACAAUAUAUGGUGGCUAUCACGAGAAAGACAUGGCCGUACAGUACUUCUGGGAAGCCUUGUCACACUUUGAUCAAAGUUCUCUGAAAGCAUUUCUGCGUUUCGUCACAUCAUCGCCGAAUCCUCCACUAUUGGGCUUUGGUGAACUAAAUCCGAAAUUUGCCAUCCGACAUGCUGGUGACGACGUGACGCGGCUUCCUACAGCAAGCACGUGUGUAAAUCUACUCAAGCUUCCCGCCUACGAGUCAGUCGCACAAUGUGCAGACAAGCUUCGGUAUGCUAUUUAUGCAGGCGCUGGCUUCGACUUGUCUUAG